ACUUUCCCGCGCCCGAGACGGGCAUGCCAAGCAGCUCAUAACGAGUUCUAAUCGGAUGUCGGAGUUGAUCACUUGACACAACCGUUGGUUUAUAACAACCGGGCGGCAUCGCACCGGCAUCACGAAACUAGCUUUCAUUAGUGGGAAGUUGCACCUCGUCCGGACCCAAACCGUUGGCUUCCACCAUACGCUGGCCACUAAUGGCACUGCUGAUUAUCGUUCAAUUUGCACCAUUUAGUAGCAUCGCGAGUAAGCGAACGCUUUUGGGAGUUUGAUUACAGCGUUCGGUACGAUCGUGCUCCGUUCGCUGGCACGAUGAAGCGCACUUUCGACUACCAUCCGCCAACGAUUUGCUACGACAAGCCCGCGAUGGCCGUCGUCUCCAAAGACGAGUACGAAUCCCGUCGGAUUCGGGCGCUGGCCGGCACCCGCGUGCUGGAGCUGAUCGUGCCGAAGCGAUCGGCCCGCACGUGGACGAUGCAGGCCGGCGAUAUGUGCCGCGUGUCCCUUCCCGAAGGGUCGCAGGUCGGCGAUUUGAAUCUGUGGAACCUGGAGCACCCCCGACAGGAACGGUUCUAUUCGGGCAAAACGCGCCAGAUCCAUUCGACGCACCUGAAAACGUACGAUCGACUGUGGAGCUGCUUUCCGUACCUGCGGCCGAUGGCCACUUUUGUGCGGGAUUCGCUCGCAGACUACGGCAUCGAUCGGGAUGGCGGAUCGCUGCACGAUGUGGUCGGGACGAGGUGUGAUGACUACAUCUACAAGCUUAUUACGGGGCAGGAUCGGUUCGGCAGCUGCCACAGCUACCUGACCGAGGCCGUGAAGGAGCACGGUUUGGGCGAGGAGGAUGUGCACGACACGUGGAACAUUUUCAUGUGCACCGGGUUUACGCAGGACACUCAGCAGUACUUUUGUAAGCCAAGUCCCGCUCGGAAAGGUGACUGCAUUGAGUUUUUGGCGGAAAUGAAUCUGCUCGUUGCGCUCAGCGCUUGCCCGCAGGGUGAUGUUUCGAUACAGGUCGGCCAGAAAGUGCCGGACGAAAAGUGUUUCCCAUUGCUGGUGGAGGUUUUCCGAGCGAAUUGAUGCGCUGUGCGAUAGAAUCAAGACCAUAAUACAUUAAUACAGCUCUUUAUUAAAUUAAAUGUUUGCAACGCUUUUAA